AUGUAUUCUAUGUUGCAUGCACACACUCAGUCCGAUUUCCCAGCACGUUACGAAAACUCGGCUCCCAUCAGAAAUGAGGCGCAUAUAGCCACCUCGCAUCAAACAAUGGUCUUCGUCGGAUCAGACCCCAAUACAGAUUCAUCGGCGUCUGGGCAUUCUAAUAGCCCAGACAUAGACUUCAACAUACAAUUAUCGGAAGAUACCACGGCAUACUCGCAAGAUUACGCUAACUUAUUGCCUCCUUCUCGAGGUCCUAGCUCAUACUGGGGCCGAUCAGAUUCAGACUCGCAAGGUUCAUCUUCCCUCUCAGUCCCUGAUUCCGAGAUUGAUAUCGAGGAACAACUAUUAAUAAACACGCCGGACUCGCUCUAUAACGUGUACAUGGCUAAGGUACUAGUGGUAACCAUCGGUACCCAACAACAAUGGAGGAUGCUAUGCCCUGACUGCAAAGAAUGGGUCCAAACGAGCAUCUCAUCCCAACUUCCUCUCUGGUAUCCUGGGCAGUUCAGCUCAUUGAGCAGCCAUCGAGGCAGCCACAAGUGCAUCAAGGCAUCAACCGACAAAAACAAACCUGUGCUUGAUCGGACCAUGUCUGAUGCGCCUUUGUCUCGUUCCCUGAGUCUUAUGUCUGAUCACAGACCUCGUCAUGCUCUCUCACCUGCACCUGCUUUUAAUAGUGUCUGCACUGGAGUUCCCAUUGUCUGGCCAGAGGACCUCCGCCCUUUCAUUAUGCUCUUUCCUUGGGAGCGCUAUCACAAUGGCCCAGAUGCCCUACCUUUCUUUGUCGACACUCGAAAUCCCAGCGCUCUUCACCUCCAGUCUAAGCGCUGCUUGUCAUAUGGUACUCCCUGUGAUGAAUGCACUGAGAUCCCUCUUCAUGUCGAACGUCUGGCAGACAUUGCGCACACUCCAAAAGCGCACACUAACUACAAGUUUUUAGGUCUUGCACAUGUGCAGGACAUUGCAAGGACUUACGCAGAACAAAUCAAGCAGUUGAAGCUGCAGCUGAAUGAUUCGCGCAAAUAUAUGAGUGCGCUCACGCAGCUCGAUGACUACAAUCAACUCCUCAUGGCUGUAUCUGAACGAGACAUUCCUCGCCUUCAACAGAUCAUCAACGUUGCUUUACGCAAUGGUGCCAGCAUCCGUCAGAUAGUCAAUAAACUAGAGGAUGCCCUUGAGGGUGCUUACCAUCCUCAGGAAUAUGAUGCGACUGACCUGGAUAUUGCCACCCUUGUCUACAGGCUUGGUGGUCGUCAACUUCUCUUCGCACUAAACCAGAAACUUGCUAUCCCUUCCCUUCGCACACUCCGCACUCGAGCUGUCUUCACCAUCAUCACUCCCACAAUUGGGACCAUUCGUAACGAGCAUUUUGACAACAACAUUCAUGCCGUCGUUCUUAGUAGCUGCAUGGAAUCUGUCUUGUGUGGUGUCAGUCUUAUGAUUGACAAGAUUGCACUCGAGGAGAUGGCCAUCCAUUUCAGCAAGUACAACAAGGUCGGCGGUCUAUGUUGGAAACACUCACACCUCGUCGAUCCUGUUCUCCGCACUUAUGAAUCUGCAGUCAACAUUGCACAGAAGAUCCAUGAUGGUCAUGUCCAUCUGGGCAAGGAACUAACUGUUAUGGGGGCCUUGUGUUUUGGCCGGGACGAAAUAUUCCCUAUAUUAGCUGCUCCUACUUGCAAGACCGAGAACACCAAUGACAUGGAGCAGAUUCUUGCUCAAGCAAUUGCUCAAUGGAACUCAACUGGUGCGGUGGCACAGAUCGGACCAGUCUGGUCAGUUGCAACUGACGGUGACGCUACUCGACGUGCUGCUGGCCAUAGGCUGUUCGUCAAGAGUCCACUCUCUGAGGGCUCAGAUUUGUAUGGUACACUCAUCAACAUGCCGGGAUUGAAUCUGUUCACUGGCAACAGCGAGGUGACACUCGACUUUGACUUCAAACACAUAUUCAAGCGCAUAUGCACUCUCCUUCGAUCUCCCGCCAGUGUCGUACUCAACAAUGGUCGCAUCAUCAAUUCAAUGAUGCUUGCACGGUACCUUGUAUGGCUACCUGCCUUCGACGAAGCGGCUGUCACCAAACUUCUCUACCCAGAUGAUCCUCAAGAUGUCCCUCGUGCUGUUGAGCUUAUGCUUGCCAUCAUUGAGUUCUCCAAUUCUCAACAUUCCAUCAUAAACGACUCGUUUUCAACUGACAUUGACACUCGCGCGGAUCUCCAAUCAAUUGCUCUCCUUAGUGCUCUCCUGGAGUCCAUCCUCCUGCCUUUCACUGAUGUCUCCCUCUCCCUGUCCGAACAAUUUAAUUCGGUAUUCUGCCUCACUAAGCAACAAACGCUAGACCCAUACGCUCCUUUUUUCCUUGGGGAUGUUGGGGACGACCCCCUCGAGAUCCUUUUCGGGCGCACGUGCAUGAUUGGGGGCCAUAACUCUGCGUCUUUGUACGCUCAGGCUCUUGAUUGUUUAGGAGCUGCAAAGGAUAUCAACGGUGUCUUCAGGCGUCAUCCAGAGCUGGAUCCAGGCCACCGGCGCCUCAAAUUAAUGCGUCAGGAAGGCGUUGAUCACAUCAAUCGCGAGAUCUGGAAGGGCAAUAUCAUUUCCGGCCGAUGUGAUCUGCCCAUGGCAUGGCGCAGUGGCCAUGAUGCUGCUCUUUCCAUCCUUACCACAUCCCAACUCGAGCCAACUCAUUAUUCAUUUGCAGAGCUUUUCAGGUACCUCGGGAUCACUACAGACAACGACCUCGAGGACACCAGCGAAGUUCCCUAUAUUCCUCCUCCUGUUGCAAUCACCCCUCCCUCUCAGUGUCUAGAGACAGUCUUGGCACAUGAUCACGACCACUCAGUUCCCGACCCGGAGGUCUCAGCGGGAGGUGAAGAUGACGAAGAAAUGAUGCUUACUUUCCAGGAGGCAUUGAUCGAUGAGUCAUCUGCUGAUGCCCCUGCUCCCUGCUCAUCUUCUCACCGCAUCCCUCGAGACCCUUCGACUCCUGCUUUGCCACAGGGGCCUGGAAUACGCCCCGAUGAUUACCUCCUAUACAAAGGAAGGUGGAUCCACAAACAGACGAUAUGUCGUCUCGUGAUCAACAAGGAUUUUAUUUCCAAGUCCCUUAACCGCCUCGAGUGCGUCCAUGGAGGUUAUACUAAAGUCAACAAACAUGUUGACAUAUCAGCAGGUCAUAUCACAGAUCACAAUCUCUUUCUUGUCGGGGACAUUUUUCUCACUGUCCUUUGCUCUGGUCACACUCUUUCGAUUGGUGUACCUCAUUCCACCACUGUCAGCCUCAACAAUAUCUCUCAUGCAUCAAUUAAUGUGACAAUAAUGAAGGCAUUGCGAAACACGGCUAAGAUAACUGGUCAACUACUCAGUCUCGUGGCAACUGACCCUCCUCCUGACGGCUCUCAAUCGUUUUUAUGGGACGGGGGAUACAUCAAGGCUUGUUCCAUCAUUCAAGGAACAUCGGAGCAUACAGAAUGUGUCAUUAUGGUCACUGUUCCUGGUUCCCUCAUUGAACCAGUCAAUCCCGAGGCUACUUUCAUUCACCUAAGGGAUGACGUUGACACUGACAAGUUCACUCAAGUCAAUGGCGGCCAAAGCACCUGGAAGAUCUCUCAGGACAUAAUGCAAGCAGCUUGCGAACUCCUCUGGGCCAAAGCCAAUGAGUUGAAGGUCAACCUGAAGUCUAUUGCAGUCAUCAUUCCAUCAGUGCCAAACAUGUUCCCUUACCGACUCCCAGACAGCACUCCGGCAGUCAUUUCUGUCGAGGCCAGUAACCAACUCACAGCAUCCGAAGGGGAGCGCAUCACAACGUGUCCACUUUGCAACACCAAGGUCGUCGACAUGCGCGAUCACGUAGGCCGCCAUAUAUUGCGCGCAUUGACUAACACUAUCGAGGAGCUGCCUUUGAAGCAAGAGGUCGGUCUUAUGAGCCCGUGCGGCUUCUGUGGUCAUGCUGGAGUGCCUGAGUGCACUAUCACUAUAACAGUACCGAGCAGCGGGGCACCUACCUGGGAAACGAAGUGCAUAUACAAGCACACAUUCAGGUAUGGAUCAGCUGACUCAGGAUCGAAGAACAAGCCCUGUCGCAACUUACCCCUCAAAUGUGAACUUUGUCACCUUGUGCUCCCUCCUCAACCCGGCAAGACCACGCGAAAAGGACCCAUUCUCCCCGUCGAAGCUGUCUGGCGCUACAAUAUGACGGCACACAUCCUGGGCCAGCACGAGGAGUACGCUGUCCCUGGACAUAGAGAGGCAGGGGUUCCAUUGCCAAUCUCGAGCAAGGUGCUUCACGCAUCCCAAAGGAUCGGUGGCAGCCCUCGCACAGUGGUUCGUCGGAGCGAGGAGAAGGAAAACAUACCUGUAGCAUCGGGUUCUCAUACUAAAUGUCCUGCCGCCGAGUCCGCUGGAUCUCUUCUCUCCAAAUGA